AAAUGUGACGCAUUGUCAACGUAAACUUGUUUAUGACUUGUUUAUAUAUUUACUAAUUAUAAAUCCAAUAAUUAGAUUGAUAAACAUAAAUGUAAAAGAAGCAGCAUGCGCCGGCAUGCAUGGCUUGGGGCCUGUUCGCGUUUAGCCGAGACGGCCGCCACCGCCUGGCCGGCGUGUUGCGCGCGCUGCUCAUCGCGCAGCUCGUGGUCUCCCUCUGCAUGCUGAUCUUCUGCUACAACGCUUCGCACAAGGUCAUGAUGCUGCUCAAGGAUAUUCAUAAGGUAGCAGUGGUGCUCCUCCACGGCCUCAUCAUCUUCCAAGCGUACGCGAUGAAGCUGCACUACACAAGCGGACUGCGACUCGUCUCAUGGCUGCUGAAGUUCUCGCACUGGUCGCGUUCGACUAAGGUCUGCCGCGUGUGGCUCAUUAGUGGCACGCUGAUCGCGCUCAACGGAUUGGUGGUGUACAGCGCGCUCAACGGGACGCUUAAGGCUUUGACCAAGGAACUCUCCACUUCGUUGCGAGGCGGUAUAGCACAGUACCUCACGGAGCCUACUUGGAAACGUCUUCUAGAUACAAUUCAGGUGGAGUUAAGCUGCUGCGGCGCAGACACCCCUAAUGACUGGCACGAGAUCCCAUGGAUCAAUAUAAACUUCUUCAAUGAACAAUCCGAUACUAUUAUGAUGAUGGCCGGUGCUGAUGGCAAGGUGGUCCUUCCAGUAUCUCCGUACUCGUGCUGCACGCCUCGAGUGCUCGCCGCCUGCUACCACGACCCUUUGCAGCAGUCGGAAUGGCGUGAAGUUUGGGAGGAAGGUUCACCGCUACUAUCGGCCUCGCUACACACGCGCGGCUGCGUGGAGGCCGUGCGCACACCGCUCACUAAAGCUCUCCUGAUACUACACACUCUACAUGUGUUGAUAGUGCUGUUCCAAGUAUUCAUCGUAAUAUUGACUCGGUUGCUGGCUACCAGCGCGGAGGAUGCGGUGUUGCACGGGGACUGCGACGGCGUCGGACAGGGCUACAUCUUCUGGAGGACGUCCAAGGAACGUAUACGACGCGAUCUGAGAGAGCGGGCACCCUCGUCACUGUCGCUGGUGGGCAAGUGCAGCACCUGCGCCUUGCUGCUGGACCGGCAGCGCUGCGUGCUGUGCGUGCGCAGCCCGCGCGCCCACUGCGCCUGCUUACACUGCCCUUGAUGACGCGCCGGGCCUUGCGGGACGAAACUCAACUAAAUUGGAAAUAUCAAUCGUCGAACAGCUUGGGCUCGAGACGAUUGCCCAUCGCUGAUAUCUGCGUCGCAUUUAACUAAAGUCUUAUGUCUACGAGACAGAUGUUGGAAUAUGGAAUAUAGUUUGUAAGCCGCACGGGCCAAAGAAAGUGAAAACUAGAUGAAUUCAACCGGAACAAAAUGUAAAUGGAUAGUGUGAUGAUCAAUUAAUUCGAAGACUCUAUUUGAGAUAACCGCUAUUGAGAUUGCUUCUCAGUGUAUUCAUGCUAUGAACACUUUAGUUAGAAACUCGAGUAUACUUAAUUAGCUAACGCAUAAGUAACAGGCAACAUUAACUAUUAAAUUUUUGUCUGUAAGUAAAUAUUUGUACAUAAGGUUUGUAAAUAAAAUAAUUCUCGUAAUCAA